CGGCAUUUUGGUACAUACCUAUAUAUCUUUCAACUUCAGCAUCCGCUGGUGGGCUCCUCGGUGUCAGCGCUCACCGGCCGCGGAUCAAGCCAAGCAGCUCGUCACCUGCUUUGUAUAUAAUUCUAUCACUGCGUAUUAGCGGUGAUAGUUCACGCUCUACAUUUUUAGUUCAAAGGCCGAGGCACUGUUGCAAUGGCAUCUCCGUCAGGACAGAAGACUGUAGUCGUCGGUGCCGGUCCGGUAGGAUCUUUAGCGGCUCUCUACGCUGCGAGCAGAGGCGAUGAAGUCGAAGUAUACGAGCUUAGAGGAGAUCUCCGAGACCCAUCCACAACCCCCCUAAACUUCACGAAGUCUAUCAAUCUCGCCUUAUCUGAACGUGGCAUAAACGCCAUGCGACACGCGAACUCGCCCACCCUCCUCGAUGCCGUGUUCAAAGAGACUAUCCCAAUGUACGGCCGCAUGAUCCACGGCGAGAAGAAAGGCAAGCUCUUCGACGAAGCCCAACUCUACGAUGUGCACGGCAGGUUCCAACGCGCCGUCGACCGCGGCGGCCUCAACAAGACCCUCCUCGACUCACUCGAGGACAUGCCCAACGUAACCCUCCACUUCAACCACAAGCUCACAGGCGCCGACUUCCGCCGCAACCUUGCCUGGUUCUCCGACCACUCCGCCUCCUCCCCCAGCGAGAAAGAAGUCCACUUCGACUUCAUGAUCGGCGCCGACGGCGCCCACUCCGCCGUGCGCUACCACCUCAUGAAGUACACCCGCAUGGCCUACUCCCAAGAAUACAUCGACACGCUGUGGUGCGAAUUCCAAAUCCCGCCCUCGCCCACCAACACCUUCGCCCUGCCCCCAAACUACCUCCACAUCUGGCCAGGCGGCUCCUUCAUGUUCAUCGCCAUCCCCUCGCCCGACGCCACCUUCACCAGCACCCUCUUCCUGCCCGCCUCGCUCUUCGCCGCCCUCGACGCCGCCCCGGCCUCCCUGGUCCCCUUCUUCGCCGCCAACUUCCCCGGCGUCAUCCCCGACCUCAUCUCCGAGGCCGCCCUGCUGGCCCAGUACGCGCAGAACCCCCACCUGCCCCUCAUCUCGAUCAAGUGCAGCCCGCACCACUGCGCCGCCAGCGCCGUCAUCCUCGGCGACGCCGCCCACGCCAUGGUGCCCUUCUACGGCCAGGGCAUGAACGCGGGGCUCGAGGACGUGCGCGUGCUGUUCGAGUGCCUCGACGCGCACCCCGCGGCCGCGUACGCCGGCGACGCGACCGCCGCGCGCGCGGCGGCGCUCGAGGCGUAUAGUGCGCAGCGCACUGUCGACGCGGCGGCGAUUAAUGACCUCGCGCUGCGGAACUAUAGGGAGAUGAGCCACGAUGUGGUCUCGCCGCUGUAUCGGCUGAGGAAGUUUGUGGAGGAGAGCCUGGAUCGGUGGGUGCCGGCGCUGGGGUGGGCGACGCAGUAUUCGCGGGUGAGUUUUGGGAAUAUGCGGUAUUCGGAGGUGGAGAAGGCGACGCAGCGGCAGGGGAGGAUAAUUUCGAGAGUAGUAAGUUUGGUAGUGGGUGGUGUGGUGGGGCUUGGGGUGGUUAGUUUGUUGAGGAGGGGUCCGUUGUGGAUGGCGAGACGGGGAUGGAAUGGGGCAGCGAUGAAACUGGCGUCGGUAGUUAUGCUACCGGGAGCGCUCGUACGGGUGAUGUUGGGGCAGGGGACUUUGCUUUUCUACCCGUUUCCGGGCCGGGCUAGGUAGUUGAAAAGGAGUGGGGGAAUGGGUUGCGGAUGUAUAUAUUACACUGUCUAGUCUAUCUAGAGGUAUCCGUUGAGGCCGUUGUAUUCGUACAUAUCUAAAAUACACCUCUAGACUCUC